UCAUACAGGAAGUGGACAGAGGCACCGUUGACUUUCUGCUUCUGUGUUGUCGAGCAAUUGUUGUGCUUGAAAAUAACGGUCAUUAUAUUUUUCAAAGGGAAGUGCCUGACAAAACGGAGAGAUGUGCACUUUUGAUAUGGAGAAAGGGCCAAGGGGGCUGAUGAAGAAGGGAUUAACUCUCAUCCUGGUCGGCCAUAUUAACUUCAUUCUUGGAGCUAUUGUCCAUGGCAAUGUCCUCCGCCACAUUUCCAAACCAGACAACCACAUCAGCACUGAGUACACUGUCGCCAACAUCAUCUCCGUCACCUCUGGCCUGCUGAGCAUUGCCGCUGGGAUUGUUGCCAUUGUGGUGUCAAGGAAUCUUCAUGUGUUAAAACUGCAAAUAGGGCUUCUAAUUGCAUCAUUCCUGAACGCCCUGCUGUCGGCAGCAUGCUGCACGGGGCUCCUAUUGGCUAUCAGCAUCACUGUGGCCAGCAAUGGUGCAGCUUUGAUGAAGGGAUGCAACGACACAGAGGUGCCCAUCAACGCUCGGUCCCCUGUCAGUGCCCGGUGUCCGUUCGAUACAACCAGAAUCUAUGACACCACCCUGGCGAUGUGGAUCCCAUGUGCUUUCUUGGCGGCAUUUGAGGCUGGCCUGUCUGUGUGGUGCUUCAUCAUUGGAUUGGCCCUCAGAGGGCUGGUCCCUUGUGGGAAAAGCUACAUCAAAGAGCAGUCUGAGCAAGGAGCUCCCCACAGCCGACGCCUGAUUGGAAAGCGCUUGAACCCUGAUGCCUAACUUAACAAAAAGCAGGAAGGACCCCACUCCGUGUAAACAAGCACAGCCAAAUCCCAAAAGGCCUUGCUGCACCUGUAUUGAGAUCAGAAAAUGUUGCCCUACAGUCAGCUAGGUGAGUGUCACUGUCGAACAGAAUAGGAAUCAGAUUUAAGAAACUGUUCUUUGCCCUGCAGUAUCACACAGCCCCAUACCCCGACUCACGGAUGGGUAACCAACUGUAUUUGUUUUCAGUUAUAAACCAAACUUAUAUUGUGUGUUAAGCUGUGAGCGGAAUGCAGUUCCUAAUGGAACCCAUAAAUGGUUCAUCAGCAACACAUUCAAAGAAAAACCUUGCACAAUGUACAUUUCAUCAGCAGCCGGGUGCAGAUCCUUUUGUGCAGAUAAUGGGAUUAGGUUUGGUGUGUGGAAGCCUAAAUAUAUAAAUGAAGUCUUAUCCGUAUCCAGCCAUGACUGUUGAGUUUUAAUGGUCCAAAUAUGCAAUGUCUUUCUAUAUGAAGAAACCUCGGUUUAUGAAGAAAAUACAUUUUUAUAUCUAGCAAAAAUAUUUUAGAUGAAUUUAGGAAUAUUUUAGCUUUUUAUUCAUUCAGAUUUUUAGCCAAACGUAUUGUAUUGUUUUUUUCAAUGCUAAUGUUUUUUUAUUUUACAAUUUCUACACAAUACACUCCAUUGCAAAUCCUAUUGCUCAAUAUUUUCUUAUAAACACGUUUCAUUUCAACAAAUAAUGAUGGUAAAUUCUAGCUGUUGAAUUGGUACAUGAUAAUGUGAAAUUAAAUUAUCAAAAUGUUUUGUUGUGUUUGCUAUAGAAAAUUAUUAUAAUUUUAUGCAGAUAUUGUUUUUGGCUUAAAUUUAAAUGUCAUAUGCUAAAUUGCAUAUUUAAAAGUUGUUUCUUUAAGUAGAUCAUUUGAAAUACAACUGCAGUUAUUGACAUGUUCAUUUGAGUUUCCACUAAGGCUUUAUGUUGCAGGCAAAGCAUUGACUAUAGUUGAACACGCCACAUUUCAUGUUCUUUUACAUUGUCAUCACUUAAAAAAUAUUUUUUUUUCUACUGGACACAUGUUUUUACUUACCCGUCGCUUAAAGUUCAGAUUGCUAAAAUGCAGUGCCAUGUGGAAAUUAAAAGGAAAAAAACUGCAUUGCUGCAAAGCUAUGUGGAUUGAGUGCAUUAAGUGAAUAUAUACUACAUUCACAAAUGCACUAAAUCCACAUAGCUAUAGUAUACUGUGGUUAAAUGCCAAGUGGAGUCAUGUUAAGAGGUUAAACCAGUAUGUGGGCCAGCAGCCUUAACUGGCACAGACCCCCCACAACUCAAUGCCAAAGAAGAUCAGAUCAGUGGUGAAACGGUUAAUCUAAUGCCAUGCUCAAUUGUGUGGAAGGGAAUCAUAGCACGCAAUACUAAUCCUCAGGCUGUCAGGGAUAAAUAUUGACAUAGCACUGACUGAUACAAUGACAACAAAUCUGUUUGGCCAUUUCCUGUGAAGUUAUUGAUCUCCCAUAUAUGAGGUUUGUGUGGAAUGCAGUCCAUUUAUAAAUGUACCACAAUUAAUAGUUAAUUCCUAAUAAUUGUCUCGUAUAGCAAAUCACUAAUUCAUACAACUUACAUUCUUGGUGAUAAAAUUAAACUUAUGUUUUUUUCUUUAAAUGUAUUUACUUGAAAACCUACAUGUUAUACAGUUUUAAAACACAGUGAGUUGAUUUAAUGGAAUAAAGUACAAUAACCAGACUAAAUGAAUAAUAAAAACAAUUAACAGACUUUAAAUGUAGGCUCCUGAAACAACUUGAGCAGGACAGCCCAUUAGGACAAAAUCAUUUUCAUGACUGAUGUGUUUCCCUCUUUCAGCCUAGCUGUAAACUAAUGUGUGUGAAAGGUUAUGAAUCUGUUGCCUGAUAGGUUUGAACACAUUUGGAUGUACUGUUCAUUUCAUUGCUUGCUUUAUGGUUUUUCUAGAAUGUCAUGUUUAAUUUUUAAUAAAGAUGUUUUGUAAAUGUUACCUUUUUA